AUGACCACGGCAGCAACAUCGGCUACGAUGCGGAUGACCGAGCCGUCAUCAACUACUGCUGCAGCUACUUUCGAUUAUUCUACGCUGAAAUUGAAUGACACAUUUUCUUCUACUUCAAUUACUCCUGGAUCCGAAGCAAAUAUAACAACUGAGCUUUCAUCAACGACUAUUACAACGGAAUCUACUUUUAUCGGUAGAGUAUUCACACAAUUUGGUGUAAAAGGUGUUUUAUAUAAAUCAGAAAGUGAAGGAAUCAUUCCAUGGUCCGAUGAUUAUAAUAAUUAUCAAUCGAAAAUUUACAAUGAUUUAGCUACAGUAUUCUGUAAUCUGAUUAUAAGUAGUUUAUUAACUGCAAAUACACCAAUAUUUCAAGGUGCUAAAUGUACAACAGUCAUUUUUAUAAGAAUCACUAUCGUUAUUCGAGGUAAACGACAAGUUGUCAAUGGUGUAACCAACAACAACAACACUUCAACAGAUGGAGUACAAGGUAGUGCAACAAUUGAAUUACAAACAUUACCUGGUUCACAAUUGAGUCAAGAACAAUUUACUCAAUUAUUAAAUGAUGGUCAUAAUCAAUUUAAUAAAACAUCUAGUGUAUUUUUAAAUAAUUUAGAGUCAACACGUAUUUCUUCAGUAAUUACUUGUUCAAAUACUCAAUUAGUUUGUGGUCAACAUGCAUCAUGUAGAAAUACUGAUAAUGGUGUAACAUGUACAUGUGAUCCAAUGUGGAAAGAUGUGAAUCCAUCUGAUCCUGGAAAGAAUUGUACAUUACAUCCUGGAACAAUUGCAUUAAUUGUAUUCGCUGGAAUAUUACUUAUCUUAGCUAUAAUUGCUAUUAUCUUCUUUGUUAUUAAAACAAAUGAAGUGAAAAAAAUGAAAUUAAAAACAAAUACACAAUCAACUUAAAAACUCUACGGA